AUUUUCGCUUUUCUUACAAAAUUACCUCGAGGAGGAAGUUUAAAAUGUAUGCGGAAGAUAUAGUAUUCAAUAAAUGCGUGUAAUAUUCAGGUGAUAUAAAUAAAACUAUUUCUUCAGAUACAAACAUUCUUUUUGUGGAUCAUCUGCAAUACAACAGCAACCAAAGAUGAAACUACUCAUUUUCCUUGUGGCUAUCACGUGUUCAGUCUGUUGGGCUGACCUCUGCUGCUUUCCAAAGCAAUGGGAAGGAACUCUGAGCGUCUUGAUGCCAAAUUCUUCUCAAGGCGGAUUAUUUUCUCAGGAUAAUGUAGACAUCUCUGUUGACAUGACUGGACAAAGGAUACGAGAGUAUGUUCGCUCCACUGGCACCAUAUAUCUGAUGUUUUACAAAGAGGGUGUUGGCUACAUGAUUGACAAUUCGACCUGUUCUAAAGGAAGUGUUUCACCAUGGCCUAGCAGUGCAGUUUGUGUUCCAGGAGAUGCCAAGUUACUUAGGAAAUACCAGCUUGGUAUAAAAGAAAAGAUGAAUGUAAUUGACUACAUAUUCAUUACAAAUAGCAAAACAUCGGGCAAUAUGCUAGAGCAAACAGUUAGAACAGUAACAGAUAUGUGUCAACCGGUGGAAGACAAAGUCAUGCGUAAAUAUUCAGAGUGGAACAGUACUGAUGUAUAUACUGUCACCUAUGAGAAUAUCACUCCAGGAAUCAAGGAUCCAAGCGUGUUCAAUAUACCUAGUACCUGCAAAUCAUCUACAAGAAAGAUGACAGAUGCAUCAGCAGAGGGAGUACUAUCUUUCAGGAAUGUUAUCUAUUGAAAGACAAUUAUUAUAAAAGCUUAGCAAAUAUGCCGGUAGUAUUGAUAAAAUAACAUUUGAAAUAUAUAUAGGAAUGACUAUUCAGAACAGAAACUGAAACAGUUCUAAGAAAUGUUUAAAUAAUUAAUGGGAUACUUGAAUUUUUAAAGAAUAUUUUUUAUUUAAUUUUAAAUGCAAAUGCAUCAUAACGUCAAAAAGAUAACAAUAAACUGUUUAGUACGUUGUUCUGCAUUAGAACGAUUUUUUUAUCAAGUACUUAAAUUUUUAUUCUAUCGAAAAACGAGUGGUAUAAAUACUUGUUACUGAACAAAGCGUAUAAAAAUGUGUAUACUGAUGCAUUCGUCUUGGAACGAAGUAUGCUACCAGAUAGUCAAACUACUCAACUACUAGGCUGCUUCAAAAUACCUGCUGAAUCCACUUAAAAUGUAUUAAUAUUCUGACAAGACAUGUACAUGUAUUUAGUUUCUGUCACUCUUUAACUUGACAUAUUUGUUUUUUAAAGGCUGACAACGUUUACAGUUGUACUAACUAAUAAACUUUGAUAAUGUGGCAGUUGAGUCCAAUAACUCUAGGGGUGUUUAAAGAUAAUCCGUCAUAAAAUUAUCUUAGGGCUAUAUUGCAAGGUAAUUAUUAGUUACCUGUAUUGGAAAAUAAAGUGUGUCGAUUGUAUUGAGAUCAGCUGCCACAUUAUCAAAGAUAAUAGAUACAUUAUAAUGCUU